AUGGCUAUUCCCAACAGAGGCCCCGAGCUGCUCGCAGUCAACAUCGCCUUCGUUACCACCGCAGUCCUGGCUUGUGCAUUGAGGAUAUAUGUUCGCGUCUGUAUGGUCAAGGCAUUUGGCCGAGAUGACUAUUUGAUGGUUCUCGCAACUCUCUUCUUCAUUUCGUACACCACAUCGUCUUGCAUCGGCAUACACUAUGGAACCGGAAAACAUCAUCGUGACCUGCCCAUCGAGGGUGUCCAAAACGCCAAGCAUGCGUGGUACUUUUGCUAUCUGUUCUACUCCAUAUCUAUGAUAUGUUCCAAGCUGUCCAUUGGGUUCCUUCUCCUGCGGAUUAGUAUUCGAAAACUACACACAUGGAUCAUCUACAGUGCCAUGUGCGUCUCGAUCAUUGCUGGAGGCACUUUCUUCUUCGUCUGUCUCUUCCAAUGCUACCCAAUCUCGUACAUGUGGGACCGCACUUCGCAAGAAGGAAAGUGCGUCGACAACACAGUCAUCACCGCUCUCGGCUACGUCUACAGUAUUUUCAGUAUCAUCACCGACUUCACGUUCGCCAUCAUUCCGGGCUUUUUGGUAUGGCACUUGCAGUUGAAGAGGAGGACCAAGGUCGCUUUGAUCCCGUUGAUCACUAUGGGGUGCAUCGCAAGUGCUGCGGUCAUCGCCCGCAUGCCUUUCGUCCACUACUUUAACUCUCCUGACUUCCUCUGGUCCACACUUGACAUCGCCAUCUGGUCAUCGGUCGAACAAGGUCUCGCUAUCACUGCCGGUAGCCUUGCAACGCUCCGCCCAUUAUUCUUCAUCGCCAUGCACAAGCUCGGUCUCUCUACACGCCCAACUGGAGCCUACCGUCCGUCCGCAUACGGCAUGUCCGCCCCCUUACCCGGCAAUGCCGCUGGAAACUCCAAAGCCGACAAGCUCCGUCCCGACAUGUACAAACUCUCCGCCACUGUGCAGACUCGCACUUCCGACGACGAACCUAAUGGAACCUUUCCGAAUUCGAAUAAAUGGUACGGCGGAAAGGCACCACCAAACUCGAAGAAAAGUACACGUGUGGACAACUCCGACAACGAUAGUCAAAGGAGUUUGAGGAUCAAGAGCGCUCGGAGCAGUGCGGAAGAGGACCAUUUCCAGAACGGCAUCAUGGUCUCCAAGUCAUUUUACAUCACGGAUGAAGAGCGGGGAUCGGUUUUGUCUGCGCCUUACAGAUGA